GCUCCUCCCGCUUUGCACUGACCCGCCUCCGCUCCUGCCGGUCCACCCAGCGCCCUCGCCUCCCGCCAGGCCCCGCCCCUCCCCGCCAGGCCCCUCCUCCCGCUCCUGCGCAGGCCCGCCCGCCAGGCCCUGCCAGGCCCCGCCAGCUAGCCAUGGUAAACCUGGGCCUGUCGCGGGUGGACGACGCCGUGGCCGCCAAGCACCCGGGACUGGGGGAGUAUGCUGCGUGCCAGUCGCAAGCCUUCAUGAAGGGCCUUUUCACCUUCGUCACAGGUAGGCUGGGUCCAGGUGUCCUCUGGUGUAGAGACCUCAACUUCCAGGUGGUGCCAGCUCAGCUGCCUGCAGGCACCGGAGCAACCUUGGGCCUGCAGAUGUUCACUCAGAGGAAGUUUAAGUACCCCUUUCAGUGGAACGUGCUGGUGGCCGUGGUUGCAGGCUCAGUGGCCAGCUACUGGGUGACCCGAGUGGAGUCGCAGAAAUGCAGUAACCUCUGGCUCUUCCUGGAGACGGGACAGCUCCCCACAAACACAGGCCCAGGUGAGAGGCCCAGGGGCAGUGGGAGGCAGAAACUUAGUUCCAGUGUCCAGAGUUUCAGGCACGCAAGCCCGGGGCCCGAGACGUGGGCUGGACAGGGCCUUUCCCCUCUGGCCUGAGCCCUCCGCAUGCGCGUCCUGGAGCAGGAGUGUGUACAGCAGAGGUACCUCUCAGAACCCUGGUGCAGAAGGAAGACCCAGGAGGCGUUGGGUGGCCCUGGGAUGGCAGAGUGAAGAGCGAGCGCCCCAAGAAGAGCGGCCAGCAAGAUUGAGAGGCCAGGCAUCAGAUACCACGCUGGUGAAUCUCAGGCCUGGCCUCCACUGCCUGAGGCCUUGGUUUUUGCCACAGUAAAAUGGGUGCAGGGACCAUGCAGGGACAGCUUUAGGAUGUGGAUCGAGCUGUCUCCGUUUGCCUCUUACCAGAUCAGCGCAGCUAAGAGAGCUCCAGCCAAGGCGCAGAAGACCUGGGGCCAGAGAGUUCUAGAACAUCGCCCUCAGUGCCUCCACAUCCCAGGCCAGUCCUCCCCCCUCACAUUGGCCCUGCCUGCACCCUAAGGUGCCCCAGCCCUGUCCCCUGCACACAGGCAUGGCCAGUUCUGCCAAGCCCACACAAUCAACGGGGCCCUGCCCAGGAGGUCAGACCCGAGGGCCAUUGCUGGAUUGGCCUCCUGUAUGGCAUUGAGAAACAUGGUGGACACAGCCGGAGAGGAUGGUGGCCUGUCCCACGCACAGCUCUGGGACUCUGACACUCCCUUUUUGGCCCUGCAUCCCCGCUCCAGUCAGGUGACACGUGCUGCUGGGGUUGUGGGAUUAAUAAACGCCUUGUUCUUUUCC